AGUGAUAUUGUUCUAUUCCAUUCUUCCCCUUUGCAUCCACUUUCUGUGUCUCUGGUUCAUAUUUGUGGAGCCCAUUGAAACCCCAUAUGCAAUUUUUGCCUUUCCGCCAUCGCUGUUGGUUUUCCUUUUAGACGAGUUCCAGGUGCCACUGUCACACCAAAGUAUUUCAGUUCCGUUUUUCCUCUGAAUCUCACUUCAUUUCUUCGCACCGAUUGAGGGUUUUUCUUCUUCUUCUUCAAUUUCCAUCGUGCCCCAGAAAACGGAACAAAAAGUUUUGGGAGAUUUUCUAUUUUAUGGUGGCCGAUGAAUUUCAAACCCCUGUUUCCUACUGUUUUCGUUUCAUUUAAUCUGUGGAUCUACCGCUUUUCGAACCCACGUGUAUUGCCCCGUCUCUUGUAGAUCUCUAUCGUUUUCGUUUGGUGUCAUUUAGUAGCUGACCGAACUGAUCGAAUAGCCUAAUUUUAGAGUGAGUUCAUAUUCCUCUUUUCAUCGUCUCUUAUUUCUGUAGUUCGUACUCGUCGUUUAGUCUUCGGAAUUUAGGUGUGAGAAUGAGUUGGUUUCUGAUUCGUGUGCUGAAUGUAAAUGUUGGAUUGUGUGUUUGCUGCAGCUCUUUCUUAGUUUCGAUAUUUGGUCAACGUAUUACGAGAGUUUUUGUUUUCCUGUGUUGAAUUUGAUUUGGAAGCAGAAGAGAUGAUGGGUUUCUGUUCCAUUUUGUGUUUAUUGUAGUUCAUCGAGAUAGUUGACCGAAAUAUGCACUUAGAGGAGCCAAUUAUCAGAUUGAGGAGUUUUUUUGCUUAUUGAGAGUGAUUUAUUUUCUUCUAAUUGGUUUGUUGGUUUGCUGGAAAAGCGGGCUGGUGGGGGCUUUUGGACAAGAAUGGUACUGUUAUCCUUUUUGAAUGUGGAGUUAAGGGGUUGGCGUUGAUGAAAUGAGGGAUGUUAUCCAGCUUGAUGAACUUUCUGAGGGCUUGCUGGCUGCCGUCCUCGGACAAUAUCGUACACAGCGGUUUGGAUUCAGCAGGGGGCCGUCAUGAAGGGCUGCUUUGGUACAAAGAUAUAGGACAACACGUGAAUGGUGAAUUUUCAAUGGCUGUUGUCCAGGCCAACAACUUGCUAGAGGAUCAGAGCCAGAUCGAAUCGGGUCCGUUGAGCUUGCUUGAAUCCGGCCCAUAUGGAACCUUUAUUGGUGUCUAUGAUGGCCAUGGUGGGCCUGAGGCAUCAAAUUACGUAUAUGAUAAUCUUUUCCAGCAUCUGAAAAGGUUCACCUCAGAGCAACAAUCAAUGUCAUCUGAUGUGAUAAAGAAAGCAUUUCAAGCUACAGAAGAAGGCUUUAUUUCUCUAGUGACCAAACAAUGGCAAAUGAAGCCCCAAAUUGCAGCUGUUGGUUCAUGCUGCCUGGUCGGUGUGAUCUGCGAUGGCACCCUUUACAUAGCCAACCUUGGUGAUUCCCGUGCUGUGCUGGGAAGGCUCGUGCGGGCGACUGACGAGGUUAUUGCCGUUCAGUUAUCAGCAGAGCAUAAUGUGAGCAUAGAAUCCGUCAGAAGUGAGAUGCAUUCUCUACACCCAGAUGACUCCCACAUAGUAGUUUUGAAGCAUAAUGUAUGGCGAGUAAAAGGCUUAAUACAGGUUUCCAGAUCCAUUGGUGACGCGUAUCUAAAGAAGGCUGAAUUCAACAGGGAACCAUUGUAUGCUAAGUUUAGGCUCCGCGAACCGUUCUCUCGGCCAAUAUUGAGCUGCGAACCAUCAAUUUCGGUGCAUGAACUUCAACCACAUGAUCAGUUUAUCAUAUUUGCCUCUGAUGGCCUGUGGGAGCACAUUAGCAAUCAGCAGGCCGUGGAUAUCAUUCAAAAUAAUCCGCAUAAUGGAAGUGCUAAGAGAUUGGUGAAGACUGCAAUGCAGGAAGCAGCUAAGAAACGAGAAAUGCGAUAUUCAGAUUUGAGGGAAAUCGACCGUGGUGUCCGCCGCCAUUUUCAUGACGACAUCACAGUCAUAGUUGUGUUUCUUGACUCAAAUCUCGUGAGCAGAGCGAGCUCAGUCCGAGGCCGUACUAUGUCUUUGAGAGGGAGGGGGGUUAUCCUACCUACAAAAUCUCUAGCCCCUUGUGCCACACCUGCAGAAACUUAACACAAUCUGAUGAAGCUGACCACUCUUCUUCUAGCUGUUUAUGUACCUACCUAGUUCUGGGUCUUCAGAACUUCCAUGACCCAUCAGCAAAUGAAUAUCAAGUAUAAGUUAACACAAGAAGGUUCAGUAAUUUUUUAUUUUUAUGCAUGAUUUAACACUUAACAUGGCAUGUACUCUAUGUAGUUUCCAACAAUUUGAGCAGAAAGUAAAGGAAGAACCAGGGAAAUAGAGCUUAAUCUAAGGUAGCCUUCUUUUU